AUGACGAGGUUUAUGAGGUCAAACGUCACCAACAGCAGCACUGAAGAAGACUUUGACUUCUUCUGCACCAAAAUGCCCGAGGCUCAUAUUCUUUGGGCCGUCUUAAGCAUUCCCUCUGCGUUUGUGGGUGUGCCUGCCAGCGCGUGGCUCCUGUGGGUGCUCGUUAAGAGGCAACGCAGUGGCGUGAUGACCAACGACAUCUACAUGCUCAACCUCACCGUCAUGGAUAUCGUCUUCACACUCUGCAUCAUACCAGCUGUGAUCAAUCACUUCGUAUGGCAUGACGUGAUAUUUAAAUCGGUCAUUGAUUUUCCGUAUACUUUUAACAUUAACGGAAGACCCCUGUUCAUGGCGUGCAUCUGUGUGGACUGUUUCAUGGCGGUGGUUUACCCCGUUACCUACAUGAAGAUGAAGCGAUCGAGCUACCGAUGGCUGCCAUGUGCAGCUGUAUGGGUCUUUACUACGCUCUUCUUAUUGGCCCUCAUCUACCAUCAACACCUGUACUUCUCAUCCUUCGUCAGUGUCCCUUACGUGAUAUCCAUUCCAACCAUCAUUGUCUGUGACCUCGCCAUCCUUCGCACCCUGAGGAAGCCGGAUCCUUCCGGAAGGACCGACGUCCACCCACAGAAGCAGAGGGCUCUGCAAACCAUCACCAACAGCUUCAUCAUGACGUUGGUGUGCUACCUGCCUGUGAUGGUAGUCAAUCUUUUCCUGAGCUUCAUGCCUGCUACUAACCUGCAGAAGUACUGCGCCAUAAGCAUGCCUGUCGUGAUGACACCCUUGAUCGGCAGCAUCAUCAUGCCUCUUCUCCAUUUGCACGGUCUGGGCAAGCUGAGGGCUUUACAGCAGUGUACUCGUCGUGUCUCUGGGCCCCCAGUACAGCCAACACAACAGCCUUAA